AUGCGCAAAUUGUGCAAACGAGUCAACGCCAUGAGGAUGAGAGUUCGAGGAGUGGAUAAGCCGAAAACCGACUCGAGCUGGUCCAGCUUUCGACGGACGGGUCGCCUCAAAUACCGGCUCGGUUGGUGUACAAUUGUCGUGUUACGCAAACUCGUCACUAUCCUGCCCCAUCGAAGGGGACAGCUGCCAGUGUUUUCCUGGCUGAACUCGCUUCCUUGUCGCGACGACCUGGGCUCGAACCGGGCAGGCCCCAAUCAUCGCCUCUUCCCCCUUUCCUUCGCCAGAAAGCAGUUUUUUCCGACGUUCCGCCAACCCUCUGCCCCAGCACCCAUAAACACAUCAAAAGGCUUCUUGUCAGCCCCCUCCCCAGAAGGCCGCCCUCAUCUGUCCGCCCAACAAGCCGACGAAAGCAUUUUUGCCGUCUUUCCAAUCGGAUUCCAUCAAGCCCAAACUCCACUCACCGACAGUCCGGCUUCUGACACUCACCGUUUGUCACCAACCCGAUUCCCCUCACCGCCAGAACCCGAACUAUUGCGACUCGAACUCUUCUCCUCUUCGCCAGCAUUACGUGGAUCGGGCUUUUUUAGAUGGUACAGCAUCCCUAUCCGACCAUCCAUUCAUUUCACCAUCUUUACGCCCACCUUUCUCUAG